UAAACCGCAGGUCCGCCCUCCACACUGACUCCGAGAUGGUUUAGUUUGCUCGUUGCUGCCGCGAAGUCGCUGCCUCUCGCUCGUCCCGCGAUGUCCGGACUUUGCGGAGCUUCUGCUUUCAUCUGCGCCUUCGUGCUCUGCGGCAUUUCAGCCGCCGUGGCGCAGACGCCGACUCCCGCUCCGGCCUCCACUCCUUGUGCCCUGAGAUCCAACACCAGCUGUGAGGAAUGCCUGAAGAACGUGACCUGUUUGUGGUGUAAUCCAACCCAACAAUGCGUGGACUACCCGGUGAGAAGGGUGCUGCCCCCCAACAGUCUCUGCCCUUUGUCUGAUGCACGAUGGGGGGUCUGCUGGGUAAACUUCCAGAUUCUGAUCAUCACCAUGUCAGUGCUGGCUGGUGUUCUCCUCAUUACCAUUCUUGUUUGCUGCUUCUGCUGCUGCAAAUGUGAAAGAAUUGGAAGCAAAAGAGAUGACGCGAAGGCAGAGCGACAAACUAAUGCGAGAAAAGCACGCCAGAAGGCCAGGAAAACAGAAAUGCAGCUGCGGCAUGAUGAAAUCAGGCAGAAAUAUGGUCUGGCAAAGGAUAAUCCAUAUGCUCGAAUGGACAGUCACUAAGACGUAUAUAGUAGUUAAGAUGAUCUAAUUGAUGUCAGUAACCAUGAUACCAGGAGUGUGUAAAAGUACAAAUGAUGAACUGUGAUUAUCUUGACUAAAGUCAAAGUCAGUGAUGGCAAGAAAAAAAGUCACCAAAAUUUCUUAGUCAUUUUGGCUGAGUUUGUACUAUAUAUCAGAAAUGUCCUUUCCCUUAUAUUUAGAUUUUUUAUACAUGUCAAUCUUUGCUAUUAAUAUCCCAUAUGCUUUUGUUUUAAUCUAAAUAAUUCAAGUAAAAAUCACCUGACUUCCGCACAAGUUUCGACUCCAGAGCUGAUUGGUACUUAUACUACUAGCUAACUAGCAGUUUUUACAGAUCUUGGUUCAUGUCUAAAGUUCAACAUUUAUUUUUAUAUCAGAGGUUAAUUUGUAACCUGUAACGUUUUAAAUCAGAUCACAAAAUAAAAAGAUUUCAUGUGCGUUUGUUAAAGAAAAUGUGAUAAAUAAAUGUUGUGACAUAAAUUUUCCCACUUAGCACAGUGCCAUAACAACUACAAACUGCUAAACUCUGACACCAUAUUUUGUUUAUAUUGAUAAUGACAUGUAAAGUAUAUAAGUAAAAAAUAAAAAACAAUUAAAAUAAUCCUUAUGCCAAAAUA